AACCUGCAGUUGAGGUUGUAGCGCGCGGCAAUAGAGGCCGAGCUGAUCAGUCUGCGCGAGUCUUUCGAGUGGUGAACGUCGUUUCCUCCGUCGUCCCUUCGAAUACGUUCUUUUCGUUCGACGAAGCUCGAUCAAACCUUUCCCUGCACGGUUUUCAACCUCCGUUACGCUGUUUCGACACCGAAUAAAGACUGUUUGGCCGAACCGCUGCUCAGCAUCGAACCGAUCGACGCGGCUCGAUUUACACGGACACCGAUACAGCAGAAAUUACCGAGCACAGAUGGUCAGAGGUGGGUACCAGUGGUCGUUGCCUGAUAUCGCAGUGACGAUGGCAUCGGGAAGAGAAAUCUACGGUGCAUUCAGCCUGAUCGUGGACGAUGUCGAUUCGCACUCGAUAUCGAGCGAAAAUUCAGAUUUAGACGGUCUGUCGAACGAGAGCAGCUCUCAGAACUCGUCGAGCCAAACGCCGUUGGACAGUCCAGGCGGGCCAAGGGAAAGGAUCAAGCAGAUGCAAGUGGAGGCCGAAACUAGGAGAGGAGAAUUCGCGAGACUGCUCGAGGAACACGCUCAAGUCGUGAGGAAGCUGAAGAUGAUGGAGGCCGAGGAGCAGCUCUCCGCGACCGGAAACGUUAUAGGAGCUAGGCACGCGUGAUUCCAUUCUUAAUUGGGCAGAACAGUCAUAGGGUUGGGACCACUGCCCCCUCGCGACAUUGCACCGACUUUUUAGAUGUUGGAAAUUUGGAAAAAUUUCGAUAAUGGUUGUUGCGCGGGUACAAAAAUACUCGUUCGACGUCAGCAACUUGAUCGCACGAGAUGCACGAGAAAACAGUGUCGACGUAACUCGUAUUUUUGAAACGCGCACACGCGCCUAUCGCAACAAACUCUCUGAUUUCUGUUAAAGUGAAUCCAAUAAAAUUAUAACUCGCGUCGAUACGUUGAAAAGCGUUGCUCGUUCGAGCAGACAAUUCAUCCUUCCUUUUUAUUUUCUAUGCUUUCCUAAGUGUUUCUGCUUUUUCUCGUCAUUGAUAGAAACCUCGUUGCGACUAUUUAAAGAAUUACCGACUUGCCCGAACGAUUGCUUUUCUUUCGUAAAGUUCGCUCGAUCGUUCAUUAAUCUAGAAAAAUAUUGCGAACCGUACGGAGUUUGUUUGCUCGGAGAGAUAAUCCAUUUUGUGUUUAUCGCAAAGUCUGAAAUACUUCUAGUUACGACAAUAAUGAGGAACACUCGGCGUACGCUCGUAAAGUUCUGGGACAGGAGGAUUAACGAAACCAUUAUUUCAUGUAUAUACACGGCAAAAAAGAAAAUGGUUGGCCUAAGCGUAGUACAAACUUUUGAGGUAUGAACAGCAAAACUUAGUGCUGACCAGGAAAGAAUGGAAAGCUUUGGUUCUAGCACUUGUGUCGUCUACACGCCGCCACGUUGAUAGACCAUCGUCAUUUCGCUUUAAAAACGAAGCGUUGCGAUUAUGUAUAUCUAGUAAAUCUCGACGAAGUACAAGCUUAUACAUUUUAUAGCGUUGUAUAUUUCAGUGUUCCAUACGUGUAAGUUAGUUUUAUAUACCGUAAGCGUACGUACGAUAGCAUAGGAUCAUAAGCCUGUCGGAAUACGCGUAGAGCUUUUGUAAAUAGAUUUCUUUUCUGCGUAAUGUAUCAUCUAAAGUGUUCACCGGCGGAAAGCCCUUGCGAUGUAGUUGCGCAUUAACGGAACCGUUAUUGAGAACUAUUUUGUUUCAUUGCAUAUCGCGGAUAAUAGGAGAUUCACGUUAAGUAUGGUCCAACAAUUUACGAAUACAAUCUUUCUCGUCUCUGCGUGCAUAUUGCGUCAGGUUUGUAUCCGCAUAAAAUAGGUAUUAUUAGGCAUUUAUAGAACUAUACACGUAUACAUAUGUAUAAAAAUACAUGAAUAGACUUGUGUUAUAAUGUUAAUAUUAAACUAUAACAGAAAUAUUAAGAAUGUAUUGAUCUAUCCCAUUGUUACUCGAAUGUCCUUCGAUAUACUCUUCCAUCGUAUUUUUGACUUGGUACUGAUAAAAAAAAAAAACAUGGCAAUAAUAUUUUAAAUUCAUUUCGUGCGUCUGUGAAGCAAAUAUGUAAUCUUUAUUAUUAUUUUUAUGUUUUAGAGAUCACUGUUGUACUAAUUAUAGUAGCUUCAUAUGAUACAAACAAGAAUGUUGCGUAAAAUAAUAAGCAUUACAUAUUCAAAAAUAUAUUGGCUUUAUUUGGGUGAUUAUUACAUACAUAUGUGUAUUUUUGAUCACAGAAAUUAUUUUUGAUUCCUCGUAACGCGAUAUCUUCGUUCUUCGACUGAGCCGACAUCAUUUAGAAAUCGAUUCAUUUUAAAUCAGCAACACCUUCACUACUUAAAUUAGCACACUUCUAUAAUUGUUUUCCAUUAUAUUUUUAUGUUGUUAUACAAAUAUUUAUGCAAUAAUUUAAAUCAACAAAAUGUGUAGUAUUAACAAUCCAAGACUGUUGUAAACCUUGUAUAUAAAAAAAGGAAUAAAAUAGAUGUUAGAGUAAAUGUAAAAAUUAGACAUAUGUAAGUAAAAACGAAAAUAUAGAUGAUAAGGAAG